AUGUACUUACAGACCACAACGCGGCGAUCCGAACAACGCAGAGUUAGGUUGAGAGCGGAUGACAACAUUCAGCUCGAGACUUCUGUAAUGGACAAACAGGUCUUGCCCAAUUUCCAGCUGAGCCCAACUGCGCCUUCAGACAGAAACGGAUUCGUGGCGUGCGUCUGCAUCAGGCUUCUACACAGUAGUGUAAAGUGUUGUUGCUGUUUGGUGCGUCCCGCUAAAAGGACAAACGGCGCAAUCGGAUACUGUUUGGCACGUUUCACAGGACGUCCCCCCGGAUUGGUUGGUUGCCAUGUUCAGGACUGUAUGUCCGAGAUGGAUGUGUUCCAAGCAUUAGGCCAAGAAGGGUCUAGGCAAACACGGUGUCAAUUCGAGGUCGCAUCCAAGAUCGAGAUCGAUCUCUGCCAACAGAUCGAUCAAGGAAACAUUGCUCCUGACGAAUGGCACGGGGGAAUUCCUCAUCGCCCAUCCGGGUGCGCAACCAAGAGGCGGUACGCUGCAGUUACGUGGCUGGAACUGGAGCGGCUGAAAACACGAACGGUUGCGUUACCCGAUCCCGAAAACGUUAAAACCGUUACGUACCAGGUAUUGUCUGAGGCUCUCAUUGCUGUGAUGUCAGUGUGCUUCUGUAUUCCAUUUUCAUCCAUACUAUCACGCUUUGCAAGCUCUGACUCCAAACGGAGACGGACCAGGCACUUUUCUGAAUGA